AUGGCAGUCAUUUCGGCGAAGUUCCAGGAUCAACUCGUUUGGCCGGCCCGCCGCUGGGCCGAGACCGGGCCGACCCCCAUCGAAUGGCGAAUGCUGCCCUUCUGGUACACGCUGCGCCCAGACAGCAACGUCGACUUUCAGAAGAUGCGGGUCAGUUUUGGCUCGCCCGGGCUGAUGUUGGCCACGGAGUGGGUUGGCAUGCACUUCCCGUACAGCAACUCUCCUGUGCGGCGGUUUGAGUCCUCCGGCAUCUCCGGGUCUUGCUUCGAGCCUUAUUUUGACUGGCUCGACCGUGGUGGGUACAGCCUGUGGAUUCCGGAGGUUGUCUUCACAUCUACUGUCACAUCCUCCACCACCUCGAGUACCAGCACCACCACAACCUCGAUGUCCUUCACUUCCACCACAACCUCCUCCUCAAGUACCAGCACAGGCACCACCACUGCAACCGAUGAAGACGACCUCAACGACACCAACGACACGAAUGAAACUAACGACACGAACGCAACUACCGAGACGUCCACACAAACCACCACAACUAGCACUUCUGCGACCGCGACUUCCAGCUCAACUACCUCGGAAACACGAACUUCUACAACUUCAACAACUUCCUUGUCAACAACUACCAUCACACGCAGCACAACUUCCCGCACUUCAACCACCACAACCACAACGUACUUAGGCACACGGACAAGCACUUCGACCGAGACAACGAUUACCAUGACAACAACGACCACCAGCACCUCAACAACAAUCCCACUGGCAGCGCCACUGCGGGCCCUUAACAUCUUCCCUGAGCCUCGCUUUGGUUGUGCAGCCCUGUCAUUUCUCUUCGAGAUGUGCGAGAGGGCUUCCGGCCUGAGCUUCGGCCCCUGCAUGCCAAAUGGGCCGGUGAUUGGCUGGACCAACCGGACCGAAAUGGUAAAUGCAUCGCUGUUCGCGAAUGGGACGUUAAGCAUGGUGAUGGGUAACCGUGAGCAAGGGAACUACCAAGAUCCGAUGGUGGCAGACCUGGUGAACACCGGCUGCGGAGAGGGUGGCUGUGCUUUCUUCGAGGAGGCGCGCGUGGUCAUGGGCCCACCUGGAAAUUGGACAUUGCCGGAAUCAUGGCCAGGCCGCAACUUGCCACAGGGAGUGGAGACGGUUGUGAACAUUCCGCCCUACUACCACAUCGUUUACAACAACUUCACGGCCAUCGGACCUGUUGGCGACCUCAAGAUCCACGGGAAGCUGUCCUUGGCUGAAGAGGAGGGCCUGAAGUUGCUGGUCAAGUCCAUCCAGGUCUUUGCUGGAGGUCAGUUUCAGGUUGGUACCUCAUGGGCGCCUCACAAGACCACGGCGAUCAUUUCCUUUUGGGGGGCGACCUUCGACUCCGACCCGGCUUACAUUUCUCUAAACCUGGAUUGGGGCAAGAAGGUCUUCGGAGUUUACGAG